AUGAUUGGCCCAUCAUCGGGUAUUAGUAAUAUGCCAAAUCGUAAAAUAAACGAAAACGUGCGAGUUAAACGUCGAACUUUCGAUGAAUUGGACAUCGAAAGUUUUUGCGAAGAAAUAUGUCAGUCGAAUAAAAAGCAUCAUUCAAUGGAAAUAAAUGAUGAUCCACUGGAUAUUAACAUGACUGAAGUAAAUGCAUCGUCUUUUCCAUUGGUCGCUUCGAUUCAAGACAAUUCAAACACCGGUCCUGUAGCGAGACUUGAAGUCCUUGUUGUCGACGUGCCAGAUGAACAAGUUAAAAAUAAUAGUAAUAGCAACUCGAGUUCAAAUAAUUUUCAACAAACUCCUUUGUUGGAUGAUGAGGAUGGAAACCUAUCGUGGCUAUUAGAUUUUAAACUUGACUCCUUAAUUGAAGCACCUGAUGAAAAAAUAAUUACCAAUACUAAAAGCCGUCAACCAUUUAAUUGUUCGGACAAUGCAUCAAUGUAUCAGAGUUUAAAAAAAAGUAUUGCUGAUGAAACUGUACAAAAACAAUCAAAUUCAUGUGGUUUAUCAAGCAAUUCAAAAUACGCAGCAGAUCGUUAUGGUGGACUUAAAAAACCGCCUUUUACGUACACUGAAUUAAUAGAGCAUGCUCUGCAAGAACGCGGUGAAUUAACAGUAUCAGCAAUUUAUCAAUGGAUAUCGGAACAUUUUCCAUACUACAAAACUAAUGAUGAUCGUUGGAAAAAUUCAGUAAGACACAAUUUAUCAAUUAAUCCGCAUUUCCGAAAAGGAUCUAAAGCACCGCAUGGUGCGGGACACUUAUGGACAAUAGCCAAUCGAAAUGAAAUGCGGCCUCGACAAUUAUUGACAAAUAUUGCGGGAAUAUCAGGAAGACAAAUAAAAACUUUUUCAGAUAAUGACACAAAAAAUAAUGAUUUGAUUGGUUUCAGAAAUAAUGUGAUAAUUGAUGAAGUAGCAGCAGCAACAGCAAGUAUAAGUCAACCAGAUAACGUUCUAUCACCAAUAACUCUCGAGCACUGUGCUGAGCAGAUAUUGAAUGGCAUUAAAAAGGAAGUACAGGUGCAGUAUAUAAUGCCAAUAAUGACGACAGUCCAACGAGAUGAUUCAGAGACAACUGGACACAGACAAAUAAAUCACAUUGGAUUUAACUCAGCGACAAAAGAAACUGGUACCGACUUUUUAAAUCCAGUAGCCAAAGAAGUUGUCGCUGAAGAGUGCGGUCUUAUUGGGGAAAGUUAUCUGGUGACAGAUCUAAAUCCAUCAGCUUUGGGUUUGAAUUUUAUAGAACCUGAAACUAUAACGCCAGAUCACUUAUUCGGUGAAGAAUUGAGCUUUCAGUUUUACGAAUUGACUUCACCUUCUCAGCUGCAGUCAGCCUGACAGUCAGAGAAAAAUCAUCUGCGCGUGAUAUUUAUUGACGGGAAUAAAGUUUUAUCGAAUGUACGAGUUGUCAACAGUGAAACAGUUAAUUCUAAAAAUGA